AUGCGCUGCAUCCCACUAACAACGCUCUUCGGAGUGGACGCGCCUCGUGACGACAAGCACCACUUCGAGACAUCAUGGCUCCUUCCACCAACCCUCCUCGCCUGUCUGCGCGGCCUGAUCUCGCUCUAUAUUUUCACCAGCAUCUUCACCAUCUGGGGCUGGUACGGAUCCCACGAUGAACGCUAUGUGAUCGGCCAAUCCUUCAGCUUCUUCACUUGGUUGACAUACUGGGGUCUGGGAUUCUACAUGCUCUUCGCUGCGAUCCAUACAGCCUGCUACGCUCGAACGGGCCGUUCGGUCCUCUUCGAUCGCUGGCCGCGGGCCUGUCGUGUGCUCCAUAGCUUGUUGUAUGCGACGAUCACUACCUACCCGUUCCUUGUGACGAUCGUUUUCUGGGUGAUUAUCUACAGCUCGCCAUGGUAUAAGGUGACAUUUACGGGCUGGCAGAAUGUAUGUGGUUUGUUUUACGUUUUUGGCCUUUUUGAUAUUUCCCCAGGGAAAAUUGAGGAUUCACUGUGA